AUGGCAUUCCACUGCUUCCGACCGUCGUUCACACGAUGGCGUCAAGGUGCAAAUUACUAUGUCAAAUACGACACAAUUAUCGUGAUUCCCCAGAACCUCUGUGGUCCAACUAAGAGACGCCUCAUAUUCGUCUCGGACAUCAGCAAGUCCACAUCCACAUCCACAGCCGCCCCAGGCCCACCGUCCAAAAUACCACGCAAUUUAUUUAUCCGUUACUCCUCAAGAGUCCAAUCCGAUGCGCACCCACACCCCGGAUUGCAUCAGCAUUAG